CAAAAAAAAAAAAAACAGGCGUGGACUGCAAUUGGUCCCGUAGCCACACUUUGGACACCCCUGUUUCAGCAUCUCAUCCACAGCGACAUCACAGACCCAAACAAGUUCAACAAAAAUAAAAGAACUAAAGAUAUACCGUAUUUUCUGGACUAUAAGUCGAUCCCGAGUAUAAGUCGCACAAGGCCAAAAAUGCAUAAUUAUAUCCAUAAUUAAUGUUUUGCGGGUAAUUUAUUUGACUACUUGACCAAAACACACAUUACAUCCUUUUGGAAGGCAAGUUCUAACAAUAAUAAAAUAAUAAUAACAGGCUGAAUAGGUGUAAGCUAUGCUAACACAAUGCUUAUUCAGCUACACAAAAAAUAAACAUAAACAGAAAAGGUGUUUUUUCAUUUUUUUCCAGUCGCUCUGGAGUAUAAGUGGCAGGAACAGCCAACCUAUGAAAAAAAAGUGUGACUUAUUGUCCUGAAAAUACGGUACUUUCACCUACACAAGUGAAAUAACUCAACGAGACACCAAAACCGUUUUAAAUAACAAAAUCCACAAUAAUUAUGAUGACUUUAUGACUUAAUGACUUGACUUUAUCCUCCUCAAGUAGAACCUUAUUGCACUUCUCCAGAGACUUUACUCCAGCAUCUUCCCUUUGAUUCCUGUAACCUGGAUCUCCACAGCUGGAUGCUGCGAUCCAAUGGAGUUCAACCAUAAUUAUAUAAUGGAAAAAUAUGGUACUUCAGAAUGGAUUAGUCAACUUUGGAAGCUGUACACGACUCCCAGGACCGCCACAGACUCAACACCGACAAGGCAGAAGGGAUUUCCGAUAUUAAAGCCAAAACCGCACAGCUUACGGAAAAUCUUCCUCUUCCUCCCUCAGCUCCUUACAUCUCCGGCUCGCUCUUGUAGGUGACCGGAUCGAGAGGUAUGGCGGUCUGCAGGAUGUCAAACUCCAUCUGGUUGUUGUCCAUGUCCAGAACGCACAUGACGUUGUGACUCCCAGACGUCAUGGUGGACGUGUCCUUCAACAUAUUGUGGAAGUCCACAGAAGUCCGUCUCUCCUCGACUCUCUCCUUCCCGGCCAGCUGAGAGGAGUCAAAGAUGUCCUCCUCCUCCUCCCCGCAGCUCAGCGCUACCUCGUUCUCGUAGCAGAAGGUGCUGACGGAGCGAGGGAUCAGGCUUUUCGAGGACACGCACGGCGAAGCGGGGGAAACCACGCAGGAGUUCCGCCCCGCCGCCUCGUCCAGCUCUUUGGCGCUGAGUUCGGGCGUUGACGGCACCUCGUACGUCUUGUGGAAGCGGGCGUAGUCCACCUUGUAGCAGUUGCGGUCCUCAUAAAUGACGGGCUCGAACCUGUGGCCCCAGAAGAUCUCCCUGGAAAGAUAGGAGCUCCGGAAUUGCGUGGUCAUAGCCGUGGCCUCCACCAUCCCUUCCAGGAUGACAACAAUCUCAAAUUCAUCGGUCUCCAGGUCGGCUCGGCUUAAAGCGUACAAGGGGCUGUCUUUGUCGAUCUCGUGGACGAUGACCAGCGGGGACACCAGGAACAACCGGUCCGUGCCCUCGUCGUAGCCCACGUUGAGGUCCAUCUGCUCCAAGGGGAUGAAUUCACCUUCCACCGUCACGUAGGAACGGAUGAGCUGCGCCCGCACGUGAGCUUCCACGAUGUGGCUCCUCCGCAGGUUCCCCACCCUCCACAUCAGGCACAGUUUGCCGUCGCGGAGCGAAACCACCGCAUUCUUGGAGAACACCAGGGUCUGGUUCCUCUUCUUCGGUCGCGCCAUCUUGGCCAUUAUGGUGCCGAUCAUGAACGAGUCGAUGAUGCAGCCCACGAUGGAUUGAGCCACGACGGUGAUGACGGCCACGGGACACUCCUCGGUCACGCAGCGCCAGCCGUAACCGAUGGUGGUUUGGGUCUCCAUGGAGAACAGGAGGGCACCGACAAAGCCCUGCACGUGGAGGAUGCAGGGCAUCCGUUUGGUCUGGUGUCCGGAGGGGGGUGCAUACAGCCCCCCUGCUGCUAGUCCGCCGUUCUUCACCAGGACGGGCUCCUGGAAGUCCCCAUGUGACAGAGACACGCCGUAGAAGAUGAUGGCGAAGAAAAGCCAGGAGAUGAUGAAGCUGGUGCAGAACAUGAAGAGCAGGUAUCUCCAGCGGAUGUCCACGCAGGUGGUAAAAAUGUCUGCCAGGUAGCGCCGCCUCUUCUCCUCCAUGUUGGUGAAGACCACGUUACAUUGUCCGUUUUUCUUCACAAAGCGGCUCCGGACCUGGCUGGAGCCCCUCGUCAGAACCCUCCCGUUGGAGUUGGUCAUACCUCCUCGUCCCCUCGUGCCGGGCGCAGCAGCGGAGGCGCCCGACCUCCUCCUCCUCUUCCUGUUCUCUGGUUCUGUGGCGCAGUGUAAGGGGACGAUGGAGGACCUGCGACCGUUGUGGAGAUCCAAGCUGCAGAUCUUCAGGCGCUCCUCCUCCGGGGGGGGUUAUGCCGGAGCCUAUCCCAGCCGACUUCAGGCGAGAGGCGGGGAACACCGUCAUCGAGCAUUCCGAUUUCUCCAAACCAGUUUAAGUGGAUUACCAUUUGGGAAGGCCACCUCAUUAGGCACACCUACACGCUCCAAUGAGUCCAACUGGUACGAGUGCUCUUGUUGUUGCAUUCCUUGUGACUCAGAACUUCACUUCUGAAAAUCCCUCCGCCGGCGUCGGCAGCAGCAUUCCGCCAUGUUUCUAGACCUCUGCGGCAUUUCCGGAAAGUCUCAGCUGCUGUUUGCACUUGUCUUCACCACCAGAUAUCUGGACUUAUUCAUCGUAUUUAUUUCUUAUUACAACACAAUCAUGAAGGUGGUGUUUUUGGGUCUGUCAUACGCCACCGUGUACCUGAUCUACAUUCGCUUCAGGAACUCUUACGACUCUGAGAACGACUCCUUCCGUGUGGACUUCCUGUUGGUGCCCGUCACCGCUCUGACCUUUUUGGAGAGUUAUGAAAUCACCCCAACGGAGGUCCUUUGGACCUUCUCCAUUUUCCUGGAGGCGGUGGCCAUCAUGCCGCAGCUCUUCAUGAUCACCAAGACGGGCAAGGCCGAGUCCAUCACCACCCACUACUUGUUCUUCCUCGGCUUAUACCGAGCCCUCUACAUCGGGAACUGGGUGUGGCGCUACUACACGGAGUACACCUUGGACAAGGUGGCUGUGGUGUCUGGCGUGGUGCAGACCAUUUUCUACUGUGACUUCUUCUACCUUUACGUAACAAACGUGCUGCAAGGAAACGAGAAGAUGAGCCUGCCGAUACCCGUCUAGCAGCCGACAACUCCCACGUUUAUUUGGCCUUACCCCGGGAGGUACAUUACAUUUAAUCCGCCAAAUGUAAUUUCCUGUUGGUUGCUACGUCAUAUAUUAAUAAUCAUAAUAAUGCGCUGUUUUAACAACUUGAAGGCUUUCUUCCAUGAACCAAUAUUGUACGUUUGCACUCUGGAAUCUGCCACAAAGUGCCUCCUUCGGUGGUGGUGGUUCGUUUUAUCGCGGUUAAUUGGUUCCAGACCCGACGGUGACAAGGCAAUUCCCGGGAAAGAGGAUUCAAAAUUUAUAAAUUUAAUAUUUUUAUACUUGGAGCAUAGAUAGAUAGAUAGACUUUAUUGUCAUUGCACAAUAACACAGCAGUGAAAUUGCCAACGAAAUGUCGUUGCCUGGCUCCUGUAUAAUAAUAAAUAAUAAUAUGGAGAAUAAAUAUAUGACAUCAAAUAUGAACAAUGUACAGCGUAAACAGUAAUUUGUACAAAUAAUUUAGAAUAAAUAAUAAUUAUUUAAAGUCAUAUAUUAAUAGAUCAUAAUAAAAAACUUAUUAUAAUUAUUAGAGCUCUACAGACAUGAAAUAACACCCCUACAGUCACCUAUACACUCCUAUUAUUCUUUCCUACACCACAUUGCCCAACUCUUAUGCACAGGCUACGGUCACCGCUUUAGCAUAGCAUUCUAAGGAGCUAACUAGUUAGCUUCCAAUUUAUUUAUUCUUAACCUACGAAAGGGUUUUUAAAAGGAUUAGGGAAGAACAACAUGACCUCUUCCACUCGGAGUGGGAAACUAACACUACAUGCAGUGUUAAGGUAAUGUAAGGUAAUGUCUCAUCUAUGUAUAUACUACAUAUGAAAUGUUUUUAUGUAUUUUUUUUUUACUAAUAGGUCGUAGUAAACCGGGAAACAACAAUAAUUUUUAAAUAUUUGCCAAAGCGAUGUUGGAACUGAAACGUAGCGAAAGUCUGUUAUUGCUUUUGUAUAUUUACUUUUUCCUUUUGGGUGUAAAAGGGAUAAAUAUUUUUCCAUGAGCAGAAAUAAAGCCAAAAAUGAAAAAUCUACUUCCAUCAAGUCGCUGUAUCGGGAACAGAAAAAGUUUUUUUCCAUUUUAAUAGCAUACCAGUGAUAUGAGUGCAUCAGCUGGAUUCCACUAAAGAAAUCCCUCGUUUAUCACGGUUAAUUGGUUCCAGACCCGUGAAUUUAUAUUCCUUAUUUAGAAAUGGAAUGUUCUCGUAAUUAAAUGUUUCUGAACUUUAUUACAGCCCUCGAGACAUUAAAAGAACACUCCUCGUCACCUUUAUACUCUAGACAUCGUAGACAUUGUAAACGUAAAUCGUUAACGUGUUCCCGCGGCGUGGACGGAGGCCAAGGUUCAGGAUUAUUGUUCCUGUUGUGACAUAAUCCGAAAAUGUAAUUAAAAAAAAAAAAUUCUUCCGGAGGUAAAAUCUGGUUCUUGUGUUUCACCAAACAUUACAGUCACAUCACUGACACCUAUUGACCAGCGUAGAGUAUUACAUAUUACCUAGUCCUUGAAUGAGUCUUCAGAAUGCCUUAUAGUUGACUUCAUUUAGCCAUGUUCAUGCAUGGAAUGUUAUUAUGUGGGCUGUCAAAUAUUAAUUAUGUUAAAAUUCUUAGAAUCGAUUAUGCAUCACGGCUAGCCACAUCUGGCGUCCGCAGACGGGCGCGGUAAAAUGGAUGACUAAAAUAGCAAUAGCAUUGUACGAGCUUUUCUCUUCACUUCUGUGGAUGUAGACUUCUCAUCCUAACCACUCGGCAAUCCGGCGUCUCCUAGUGUAGGAAUGUUUUCCGGUGUUUGUAGAGCACCUUACUUCCUUCUCUCACAGCUCCUCCCACCGCUUUUGCCGCCGAGCUGAUGGAGAAAGGCGAGGUGACGAGAGCCGCCGCCGCCUUCUCCACCACCUUCACCUUCUUGACGGCUUUCCCUUUUCCCUUG